UAAAUUAUUAUUGUGUGAUUUUGUUGUCAGCACAUUCAACUAUGUAAAGAAAAAAGUAUUUCAUAAGAUUAUUUCAUUCAUUAAGAUCUAGGAUGUGUUAUUUUAGUGUUCCCUUUAUUUUUUUUUGAGCAAUGUAUAAUCAAACUAAGGGUGGUGGGAGUCAUAUCAUGUAUUAUAUUAUCACACUAAGGCUGGUGGGAGUCAUAUCAUGUAUUAUAUAAUCACACUAAGGCUGGUGGGAGUCAUAUCAUGUAUUAUAUUAUCACACUAAGGCUGGUGGGAGUCACGUAGUGACCAGGGUUGUGCUAAUUUCACAAUUUCCCCUUCACUGUGGUUGACUGAUAAAGAGUUUCACUACCUAAAGUCACACAGACGCAGGACUUUGCGGGGAGAAGACACAGCUAUAGACGUAUAUUAGAGUUGAGGUUAGAAGUUACUGUAUUUCACCACAAGUGUGUUAAGAUGUCAGAGGGAGUCUAUGAAAACUCAGAUGGAUUUGAAGACGAUGAGCCUGAUGCAAUGAAAACCACAGAGAUUGAUGACCAAUUAUAUUCCAAUGUAAGAGCCUUCAAGCCCAGUUCAAGAGAUGGAGUUGUUGAUUCAGUACAUUUCCAGUGGUGGAAGAGACCCUCUGGAGUAGCUGCUUUGUGUCUGGGGCUGCUGUCUGUCCUCCUACUGACUGGGAUCAUAGGCCUGUCUGUCUACUAUGGAGUAAUUGGUCAUCACGACUCAACAGAGAGAGACCAGCUACAGGCCAGUUACAGCCUUCUGACUAAAGAGAGACCAGCUACAGACCAGUUACAACAAGCUGACUAAAGAGAGAGACCAACUACAGACCAGCAGUAACACCCUGACUAAAGAGAGAGCCCAGCAACAGAAAGAGAAAAAUGAUCUCAUGAGAAAGUUCUCUAAUCUGAAACAAACCUGCCCUAAAGACUGGAAGAAGUUUGAAUCCAGUUGGUACUUCCUGUCUACUGAGACUAAAACCUGGGGGGAGAGCAAAGAUGACUGUCUGGAGAGAGGAGCAGACCUGGUGAUCAUCAACAGUGAUAAGGAACAGGAGUUUCUCUUCCACCUCAACAAGGGUUUCUGGAUUGGUCUGACUGACACUGUUACUGAGGGGACCUGGAAAUGGGUGGACGGCAACCCACUGACCACCCCAAAGUACUGGGGGAGUGGACAGCCUAAUGGUGGUGGAGUGGAGAACUGUGUGUUGUUAACUCACAGUUCAUCAGACCAAGGACCAUGGCAUGACUAUCCGUGUUCAUUUAACCGUUCCUGGAUCUGUGAGAUAGUUCUUUCUCACUUUUAGUUAUGAUGUUGAUUGUCAUGCUGAAAGUCAUGAUACCAGCUACAGGGCCUUCAGAAAGUAUUCACUGCCUAGACCUUUUCCACAUUUUGUUGUUUACACGCUGUAUUUUU